UGUUUUUCCCCUCGCCCCCCUCCCCCCCUUUCUUUGCAAUGCAGUAGGUACGUAUCUAGGGUACCAACACGAGAUUCCGAAUAAUGAAGACGAGGCAAAAGGGAAAGGUACCUAAGUAAGAUUCGGUAUAUGUAUAUGACGCUGCUUUCUGUUUCUUUUCUUUCUCUUGUUCUUGUUUGGUUUCGCGUUAGCUGUUUACUUACUGUUAUUGAGAUACCACCACCACUACUACUACUUUCCCGCCGUCGAGGCGUAGUUCAGUUCGUUAUAGCAAGACUUGGUAUACAUAAACAGGUUAAUACAUACAUAGUAAAUAGACCGCCUAGGUUCUUAAAUAAGUGCUAUUGGGAUGGGGGAGUUUGGUAGCGCGUGACAAGAUGUGAUGUUAUUCGCGGACUCCCUGCUUCUGGCCGGCAUGGAUAUUUACUAACAAGCAUUAAGAGACAAGCC